UGCAUGUGUUGGCAGCACUGCUCCCACCAGGCGGCAGACGGCCCACACUGUGGUUCAGAUCGUCAGUUCGCGCAGUGCUGGCUGAGAGAGUGUGGAGAUUAGUGUCGCGGUAGCCGGGCCGGCAUGGCUCCGCGCUGCGUCAUGUGUUACGUGCUCUUGUUGCCACUGAUCGUGGUGUUGACAGUAAAUGGUGAGGCUACGACGCUGCGGACGUGUGAACCGAUACGCGUGGAACUUUGCUGGGGCCUCGGUUACAACGUAACUGGAAUGCCUAAUCUUGUGGGUCACGAAAUACAAGGCGAUGCAGAUUUUACCCUCCAGACUUUCUCUCCUCUGAUACAGUAUGGCUGUUCUGCGCAGCUCCAUUUUUUUCUGUGUUCUGUCUAUGUACCCAUGUGUACCGAGAAGGUUGCUUCGCCCAUUGGGCCAUGUCGUGGGUUGUGCGAAUCUGUGAGAGCCCGCUGCUAUCCCGUUUUACAGGGAUUUGGAUUUCCUUGGCCAGCUGCCUUGAACUGCUCCAAGUUUCCGUUGGAGAACAACCAUGAACACAUGUGCAUGGAAGGGCCUGGCGAAGUGGGAGUUGGGCCGCGUACUGGGUUGGUAUCGUCCGACGCUGCGACGCCAGCCAUCUCGAGAAUCCCAUCUGUAUCACGGCCUUCCAGUGUUGCACCCUGUUCUCGUUACGUACGCCACAAUCGUUACGUAUAUGUAAAUCGAACUAGACGCUGUAACCCACUUUGCGAUGCCGAUGUUUUGUUCGAGAAUUCGGACAAGUACCUGGCUGAAGUGUGGUUGUCCGUGUGGGCCGGACUCUGUUUCAUCUCCUCACUCGUCGCUGUGCUCACGUUUCUGGUGGACUCGGGAGGAGGACAAGCCAGGUUCCGAUAUCCGGAGCGUCCACUGGCCUUCCUGGCGCUCUGCUACAACUUGGCUAGCGUCGGAUGGGGGGUUCGUGCAGCAGCAGGACGUACCGCCGUGGCGUGUAGCCCCGACACCCAAAAUCCUUCCAGGCUCUUAUUAUCGCAGGACGGACACAUCAACGCGAACUGCGCUGUCGUAUUCCUCCUGCUGUACUACUUCGGAACCGCUGCUGCUGUUUGGUGGGUGGUGUUAACGAUGUCCUGGUUCCUGGCCGCCGCUCUUCGUUGGACUCACGAACGAAUCCAACAACAUUCGUCGUUAUUCCAUCUCGCGGGCUGGGGACUUCCAGCUGCACAGACGAUCGCAGUGCUGGUUCUGCAAGACGUCGACGCCGAUGAACUGACAGGUGCGUGCUACGUGGGGAACCAGGACUCGAAGUCCCUGCUCGUAUUCGUUCUGGCACCUCAAUUUUUGUACCUGGUGCUGGGUGCCUCACUACUUCUGGUCGGUUUCCUGGCCCUCUUCCGCCGUCGUCCUCGACCUGCAAAAGUCUCCACAUCUGCUGCACGACGCGACGCCAAAGCUGGUAAACUUGAGAUGGUUACCGUUCGCCUGGGUGUGUUCGGGGUACUAUACACAGUACCAACAACUUGUGUGGUGGCAAGCCUGUUUUACGAGUAUUGGUCGCGUGAUGAAUGGCUUAUGGUUUCCUCAGUGCCUCGUUACCAACCCCGGCCAAGUUUGUGGAUCUUCUUGUUGAGACUUUUCAUGUCCCUCGUCGUUGGGGUGACGGCAGGAGUGUGGGUUUGGUCGCCCAAAACAUUGCGAGCUUGGAGACGUCUGUUCAACCGCUUGGGUCCUUACAAGCAGCCUCCAGUGAAGUGCCACCCCAUACAAUAUUACGCACCUCCACCUCAACCUCUUUCGACAUCCCAGCAGAGGUCUCAACAUGCACACAAAUCACGCAGAAAACAUCGCAAACAUGGCAGUGAAACGACUGUCUAAUGCGAUAAACAACCGGUUUCAAAGUGCCAAGUGUUUAUCUUUCAUUCUAUUCACUAUUCAUUUACAUGUUCAUUUAACAGUUCCAUCUUAAUGCCUUUUUGCUGAUGGACAGAUGAGCAGCAGCAGCAGCAUAAUGACGGUGGUUGCAGCCAUAAUUUGUGACGACACAGUAACCGGUGAAAUUAUUGCACUUUUAGGUCUAAGUCAUCCUGAUUUUAAGGAUGUGGAAAUGCUGGAAGUGUUCAUAGGUCGAAGUAUCGAAAUCUAUCCCGCAGACAGAAGGGGUACAUUCUUGUCUCUUACCUCGUUUUCAGGUUUUUAUCGUUGCUAGCCCCUUGUCAUGUGAAAACGUGUAUUUAUUCAGGCGCACUAGUGUUUCAUGUACUGUCGCCGGCAAUGUAAGAGAAUAAAACUGACCUCUUUUUUUCCCCCAAAUAUUACCAUCAUACAUGUUGAUCAGAAUUUGUGAUGUGUCAAAAUUAAAUUUUAGAUUCAAGAAAUCAGUUUCGAUAAGUAUGCAAUUAAAACUCUGGAAAUAAUUAUCGAGGAAAACAGAUGUUAUUAGUGUAUAACUCACAACAACGGUCAGAUUCACUUACAUGAUAUGGACAGUAGGCUUACGUAUUUGCUGCAGCUAUGCUUAAAGUUUAUCUUGUGUAAUGAUCCUGUUUUGAUAUCGAUAUGAAAAACGUGUAUGUCGAAUAAUAUCUCAAAGAUAUGCUUUAGAGACGCAGAUUAUCAUUCUAACAUUGUUGUGUAAUGUUUUAAAUGUAUGAAUUUAAACACAUUGAAUUUCACUUUACACCCUUUCAUCUUCCGCUUCGUUUAUCGGCCCUCCUCGGUGCAGUCAGCAUUAUACUACCGCAAAAGAGACUCGCUCCUAGCCUUUCCCUUGAAAAUUCCACCGGCCAAAAACUACUGCGCCGACUAUACCACAAUGCAUUGCAGUCGUUAUUUUCAAUAUAAGUUCUUUUUUCUGUAGUUCCUGCGACGAGGCUUUCUUUGCAGAGAGAGUGGAUCUCUUCUGAUUUCUACAGCAUUCUUCAUUCGUGUACAAGAUCCUGAUAUAUUGCUGACAUGAUGGAAACCAUUUGCUCCCUCCAAGGUCUCUGUUUCGUUAAUUUGUUUAGACUGCAAUAAACUGGAUGACAUUCUGCAGCUACCGUACACUGCCUUUCGAUAUAGUUUGUUUCCAUAGUGUCACUAAUAAUUUGGAUGACAUAUUAGUUUUAAUCCCUAGGGCGUAACAAUCACAAAUAGUUUUAUUGACUUGUGGCCUUCUCGCUUAAUCACAAUGGGUUCUGACAAUCGCUUGCCCAUCUCAUACACAGAAGAGGAGUGGUCAUUUAUUUACUUACACUGCCAUCCUGACUUUUAAUCGAUUGUCACAGGAUGUGCAUGACCAGACAUACGGAUAUGUUAAUCACAGAACGUACUCAGAUAUAAGUUGUGUCACAGUCGAUCUAAUGCCGGCGUUCGACUUCGACUGGCAUAAGUUUUAUUAGAGUCAUAUGUAACUGUAACGAGAGUUACUGUAUAUUGUUUGUUACUCUUUUUUGUAUUAAAGAUCAUCUGCAGAUGUCUUUGUGGUGAUAUUUUUUACUUUAAUGUGUUUUAUAUAUUCCUGUAUGUAUAUUUUUAUUAGAAAUGUUAGCUUAAAUAUAUGAAAUAAAAAUGGCAAUCAUAUGUUUGUAA